AGCUCUUUUGCAUAACAUCGAUCUCCCACACUACCAUCAAUCUCCUCUGUCUAGAUCUCUCUCUCUCUCUCUCUCUCUCUGAGCUGCUGCUCUUGUCAUGGAUCUCUAUUCCAAGAAAUCGCUGGAGAGUUUCUUCGGAGAAGAACAGAAUCCCAUGCAAUCACCCGCUCAUCAUCUCUCCAUCAUAGCCCACCAACAGAUGGCUGAUCAACGAGAUCCCCAGUUAAGUCCAGAAAGACCUUCUUCCACAUCCGUGGUCCACGUUUCACCCCCAAGCCCUGUCUCACCAUGGACGCUCUCUCCUCUCCGAACCCCCUCACCAUCUCUACUGUACCAGUGCAUCGCCUCACUCCAUCGACACGAAGGUAACAUCUUCUCAAUCGCAGUCUUCAAGGGCAUCGUCUUCACAGGCUCCGAGAGCAGCCGCAUUCGUGUAUGGAGGCAGCCGGAGUACGUCGAGCGCGAGUAUCUCAAGACAAAUUCCGGUGAAGUUCGUGCCAUCUUAGCCUAUGGAAACAUGCUCUUCACGGCACACAGAGACCACAAAAUCCGAGUUUGGAAUGUGUCAGUUUCUGAAAGCUUUCGCUCAAAGAAGGUGGCGACCUUGCCUCGACGAAGCCCGUUUCUGUUGUUCCCCAGGACUAACUCCCAACAGCACAAGGGCUGCAUCUCCUGCCUUGCUUACUACCAUGCAGAAGGGUUGCUGUAUACUGGUUCCUGGGACAAGAUGGUCAAGGCUUGGCGGGUGUCCGACAGGAGAUGCAUCGACUCCUUUCAGGCACACGAAGACAAUGUUAACGCCAUUGUGAUCAACCAAGAAGAUGGCUGUGUUUUCACCUGCUCGUCGGACGGAUCGAUCAAAAUCUGGAGAAGGGUCUUUGGUGAGAGCUCUCAUACUCUCACCAUGACACUACGCUUCCAACCAUCACCCAUUAACGCCCUGGCCCUGAGCUGCUCGCCAACAGCUGACUGCUUCCUCUACUCGGGGUCCUCAGACGGCUUCAUUAAUGUAUGGGAGAAGGAGGGGAUCUCAGGUAGGUUUAGCCAUGGAGGAUAUUUACAUGGCCACCGCUUUGCGGUUCUCUGCUUGGUGGCCAUAGACAAGUUGGUCUUCAGUGGCUCCGAGGACACGACCAUAAGGGUGUGGAGAAGGGAGGAGGGCUGCUGCUUCCACGCAUGUCUGGCGAUCUUGGACGGCCAUCGUGGGCCAGUGAGAUGCCUGGCCGCUUGCCUGGAGAUGGAGAAGGUUGUGAUGGGUUUCUUAGUCUACAGCGCAAGCUUGGAUCGUACAUUCAAGGUCUGGAGGGUUAAGGUUUUCCAGAACGAUACCAAGGUGAUGAGCAUGGAGGAGGACACAGCAGACAAGUAUGAUCACAAGACAAAACACUCAGCCAUGGAGUACGAAAUGUUUCCUGUGUUAUCGCCAUCUUGGGUGGAGAAGAAGCUUCAAGGUAGCCAUUUGUAUUAACAUAUGGAAAAUUAAUUAUGAGAUGUUAAUUAAAUUACUAAGCUAGGAAGAAGGAGAGAAUUGUCUUGUGAUCGAGACUGAGAGUCUUUCCAAUUUGCCUAUUGACGUAAUAAUUAUUAUGUAUAAUAGUCUGAAUUGUUUUCAUCUUUGCACUUUAUUGUAAUUGUAUUGCCAAAUGGCCCAAAUUAGAACUGAAUGGCCUCUAGCUAGUCCGUAGUAUACACCAUAGACCAUAGAGCUAGACUUAUUAAAUUUUGUAUCUUUAAUUAUUAUGG